AAGUGAGCACGAACAUCUGGUGACGAUACUGUUGUAAUUACAUAGAGGUGCCGAGUAUGGCGUAUAUGGGACGUGAUCAUCAAGGAGACGCUUGUAAAGAAGACCCGAGCAGAGUUUUCCGGGGAAUAGCGAGGAGGAAUACAAGAUGUCAGGAUACGGAGACAGGCGGGGGGGGUGACCAAGGUGACCAACGGGGUUACGACAGUGAUUGUCGGGAAUCGCGAGACUAUGGCAGAAAUAGAUGCGGGUAUGGCAGUGGCCCGAGACGAGUACCGAUGACGUGUUAUAAUUGCGAGGAGUUGGGGGAUUACGCAAGUCAAUGCCCACACCCUCGAAGGAAUACACGAUAUGGACCAUCGAGCUCUGUUGAUUCAAGGCAUGCUCGUUCAGCAUCCCCGAGGAGGCAGGAGCAAGGGUACCAUCGGAUAGUACCGACGCACGAUCCUCUGCAGGUGAAGGUAGUUGAGAUCAGUAAGAGUGUGGCAGCAGUCUGUCAGUACGUGGAGAACGAGCAGCAAAAGAAGGCUGCCAAGGAACGUAAAAAAGCAGAGAGGAAGGAAGCUGCGGAAGCGGAGGAGGCGAGACAACGGGAGAUUGAUCGUAAGAAGAAGAAGAAGGAGGAAAAGGAAAGGAAGGAUGUUGCAUUAACUGAGGAGAUGAACAAGAAGUUGGAUAUCAAGAUGGCUGUAAGGGUGGGAGAAUUACGUGAGGACGUGCGAGAGGACAUGAAGUAUGAGAUUCGCGAAGCAAUAAAUCAGUUGUUUGGAGUGUUGGCGAAGGGUAAACAGAAGGUAGGGAGCUUGACACCAACUAGGUCGGAAAGCAUCGCGAGUAGCAGCGAAACUGAAGAACUAAGCGCGAAGACUCGGAAGCUCUGCAUCAACGAGAAGCAAAAACGAGCAAAGAAUGAUACGAAGACCAUUUCGCCAAGGAAGAUGCCGGCCUCGAUUCGUAAGAAGAAGAUCCUAGCUUCCAUAGGGAUUGUCGGAAGGCUGAAGUUCGAAAAGCAGGUAAUGCAAGAGCUGAAGGCCCUGGAUGCGCUCGUCUUGCAGAACACAUGUAAGGAGGAAGGCAUUCCUUACAACGGUAAGUUCGAAGCAAUAUUUAACAUUGCGGCCCAUCGUACUCGUAUGGCCUAUGGCACUGACGGGGAGAGUGAAGAAGAGCAACCAAAAUAUGAGGAGAAGGAUCCGGUGGUGGUGGCCACGGAACCUGAUGCUAUGGAGUGAAGAGGCUUCGAGAUCUCGGACAUUUGGAAGAUCGUUGAUUGCCUUACACGUUGGAGGGGGGUGAACAAGUGUGUAGAUGCGGGAGUUGAGGAGGUGCUUCGGCUAGCUACUGUACGACUGUCGUUGGCAGGAGUCUUGCGAUGGAACCUGAAGUGUAUUAGUGCAUGGAUACGUCUCUAUGAGCAAUUUAGGCUUGAUUUUGUUAAUAUUUCGAAUUGUGUAUACGUGGCCGUGUCCCCUUUUUGUAAAUCACAGUAUAUUGGUAAGACAACCAGACAUGUAGAUGUACGUUGGAAAGAGCAUCUGUAUGCUUGUCGUGCUCGAAAACCGAAUCACCUGUACAGAUGGUUAAGUGCAUUCGGUGCAAAUAAAUAUGUUCUGAUUCC